AUGUGUGGUGCCAGCCAGGCUUACAAACGUGGACAGCAAGUAACUCCUCCGGAACCAGAACAUACAGGGUACUACGUCUCCGAACAAACGGCUAAAGAAAUAGAAGACAAGGUUUCAACAUGGGAUCCAUCCAAAGACGAAAACGCCUGGGAAAUGAGCGGCUUGAUCGAAGGAGAUAUUUUACCACCUUCUGGUGAUUUGGGCAAAAAUGGUCUACGUGGUGAUAAAUACAGAUGGAAAGAUGGAAUUAUCCGAAGUAGCAGACCAGGCUGCUGGUCUUCAGUUGGAAGACAAUCAGGAGGCCAGGUCGUCAAUUUACAAGUUCCUGGUUGCAAUCAUCGUGGAAUUAUCAUUCACGAAUUCUUACAUGCUCUUGGAUUCUUCCAUCAGCAAAGUGCUGCUGAUAGAGAUAAUCAUGUCAAAAUACACUGGGAAAACAUUCAGGAAGGUAGAGAAAAUAAUUUUGAAAAAUACAACGACACUGUUGUGACCAGCUAUGAACAAGUAUACGAUUAUACAAGUAUCAUGCAUUAUAGUUCGAAGGCAUUUUCCAAAAAUGGUGAAGUUACUAUAGAACCUUUGGAAGCUGAAGCCAAAAUAGGACAAAGAGAUCAUUUAAGUGAUGCAGAUAUAGCAAAAUUAAAUGCCAUGUACAAAACCGAAUGUGAAAAUCGCGAAAAUAAUCCUGAACCUGAAUUUUCGCUGACUUCCUGGUUAUUUCAAUAA